GAAUAAGACGGUUGUGGUGCGGGUAAAUAAUAGCAGAGUGAGACCUCGUACUAAGUCUCAGCUGAGGAGCAAAUAGUCCACGGUCAGACAAGGUUUAAAGUUGUGGUUUAUUUUUCUAUCCUUUUACCUGUCAGUCUGCGAGCAGCACCAUGUUAGCCGUCAGAAACGCUGUCCGACUCGGCUACAGGCUGUCGGUCCCCGCAGUGGCGAGGAGAGGCUGCUCCGGUGCUGCGAUCCCGCUGGAUGAUGUGGUGAACGGGCUCACCGACGACCAGAUACAGCUCAGGCAGGCGGUUCGUAAAUUCUGUGCAGAAAAACUGGCACCUCAAGCUGACGAAAUCGACAAGACAAAUGAAUUUCCAGGAAUGCGGCAAUUUUGGAAAGAAAUGGGGGAGAUGGGACUUCUUGGGAUCACAGCUCCAGAGGAAUAUGGAGGAACAGGGUUGGGCUACCUCGAUCAUGUCAUUGUGAUGGAGGAAAUGUCCCGAGUGUCAGCAGCCAUUGCUCUCAGUUACGGCGCCCACUCUAAUCUCUGCGUCAACCAGAUGGUGCGCCACGGCAACGAGAAACAGAAGGAGAAAUAUAUGCCAAAGUUAAUGACAGGAGAGCAUGUUGGAGCGCUGGCCAUGAGUGAGCCCAACGCCGGCUCUGAUGUCGUAUCCAUGAAACUCAAAGCUGAGAAGGAAGGUGACUACUAUAUUCUGAAUGGUAACAAGUUCUGGAUCACAAAUGGGCCAGAUGCCGAUGUCCUUAUUGUGUAUGCAAAGACGGAUCCCAAGGCCCAUCAAAAAGGCAUUACGGCAUUCAUUGUUGAAAAGGGAAUGCCUGGAUUCUCUACAGCACAGAAGCUUGACAAACUGGGCAUGAGGGGCUCCAACACCUGUGAGCUGGUCUUUGAAGACUGCAAAAUCCCAGAGAAGAAUAUCCUUGGUCCGUUGAACAAAGGGGUUUAUGUGAUGAUGAGCGGCUUGGAUCUGGAGAGGCUGGUGCUUUCAGCAGGGCCUAUCGGCAUCAUGCAGGCCGUUUUGGACAACGCUGUUCCCUACCUGCACACCAGAGAGGCUUUCGGACAGAGAAUCGGACACUUCCAGCUAAUGCAAGGCAAGAUGGCCGACAUGUACACCAGGCUGAGCUCCUGUCGACAGUAUGUGUACAAUGUCGCCCGGGCUUGUGACAAAGGACACGCUAGUGCAAUGGACUGUGCUGGAGUGAUCCUGUAUUGUGCGGAGAACGCCACUCAGGUUGCUUUGGAUGGCAUUCAGUGUUUGGGUGGAAACGGCUACAUCAACGACUACCCAAUGGGGAGAUUCCUGCGCGAUGCAAAGCUGUACGAGAUCGGCGCAGGCACAAGUGAAGUUCGCCGUCUCAUUAUUGGACGAGCCUUUAACGCCAUGUACAAGUAAUCAAACUGAGGAAAGACAAUCCCUUAAAAACUCUACAAGAGGUUUUUCAUGAAUGAACACAGUUACUCACACCCAGGGCCUUAUACUGAUGAACGGAUGCUGCUGUCAGGAUGUUUUUGGAAGCUUCCAAAUCAAUGUGCGUUUUAAUUCAUAUAUAUGAAAUCCCUCUGAGCUGACAGUGAUGUUACACGCUGACCCUUUUGUUCAUAUAAAGUCUGUAUUUUGAAUUGCAUUAACUUGAUAACCACUGUAAUGCCAAUAAAGCAAUACAAAUAGGAAUUAAAAUGUAUGAAUAGGUUUUAAUUUCAUUGUUAAGUAAUCCAUUAAGGCCUCUGCUGAGAGGACAAGGGAUCAAAAACUGCUGCUGCCUUUUUUACUUCAACAAACCAUGUUGGUGUUUCAAGGGUUGUAAGUAUAAAUACUGAUGUAACAGUAAAUCAAAUAUUAACUGAUACAUUUGAAUCUAAUGAUUGAGCACACCAGAAUAUCGAGUAAUGACUAUACAUGACCUCCUUUCAGUUUAUUAAAAUAAGAAAGGCCUUGUGAGAUUUUUUUUCAUAUCACUUUUAUGAUUUCAAGCAAAUUGAUAAUGGUUUCUGAUCAAUGAGGAAAUGUAUCUGAUGUCUGAGUAUUCUGUUGUAGAGAAUUUGCAUUAGAAAAAAAGUUUGUCCAUUUUCCCAGGGCAAACAUAUUCCACUCACUGUCUGUACAGUCCGGCUGGAGCAACACUCCUACAGAUUUGUUUGUCUUCUCUUCUCUAAAGGACUAAAUGUAGAUGUACAUUGUGAUACAUGUAUGAUAUAAUGUAGUGUUGUUUGCCAUGAAAUAAAUGAACAAAUGUUUUAUUUA